AACAAGGCCCCGUCCAGCUGACUGCUCUCUCUCCCCCAUCCCCGUCUGCUGUGCAGCACCCCCGACAGCCCACCGGCGCGCACGAUCCUUCCCCACAUCCUACUCUCCACCCACUCGCCGCCGCCGCACGACGCGUCUCACAGCACCAUGUCCGGGCACCGCAGCACAUACAGCAACCUCGACACGGGGACGCCGUACCAGAACGGCGCGUACAGCAGCUCCCAGUGGCUCGAGAAACAGCAGAAGGGCGGCCGCAAGUCCAAAUUCAUAGUGAGUCCCGUUUUAUACCGCCCAUCUGUUCGCGGCCUCUCCUCCCCGCCCCCUUCCCCCCGUCCCCGUCCCCGCUCCCGUUCCUGUGCUUCCGCGGACAGACUCAUCGCUGACCACGCGUCUCCGCACUGCCCCCAUGCGCCGGCGUUCAAAGGUGAUUGGCUCGGUCGUCGCCCUCGUCGUCCUCAUCGUGGCCGGCGUCGUCAUCGGCGUCGUCGUCUCCAAGCACAACAGCAGCUCGAGCUCCUCCAAGAAGUCCGCGAGCGGCAACUCGACCUCGGGGUACGCCGUCGGCCCGUACGGCGUCGUCAAGCAGAGCGACCCGAACGACCCGAGCUCGUUCCUCAAGGACGACGCGCUCAAGCAGUCGUUCUACGGCCUCGCCUACACCCCGGACAACUCCCAGCUCCCCGACUGCGGCAACUCCCUCGCCGCGGUGAUUGAGGACAUCCAGCUCAUCUCGCAGCUUACCACGCGCCUCCGCAUCUACGGUGCUGACUGCAACCAGUCCGCGCUCGUGCUCGAGGCGAUCAAGCAGACGAAGGUCAACGUCACGGCAUGGCUCGCCAUCUACAACGUCCCGAACAACGCGACCGCGUACGAAGAGCAGCGCGACAAGGUCCUCGACGCCAUCAAGACGUACGGCACUGACCACGUCGGCGGUGUCACUGUGGGCAACGAAUUCGUGCUCGACUUCAUGGGCGCGAACGGCGGUGGAAGCGACCCGAACGACGCCGUCGGCACCGCUGGUGGGGAGCUGCUGAUUGCGAACAUCACCGACAUGAAGAACCAGCUCUCGAGCCUGGGCUACUCCGUCCCUGUCGGCACCUCGGAUGCGGGCGCGUACUUCAACGACAAGGUCCUCGAGAGCGUCGACUACGCUCUGUCGAACAUCCACUCGUGGUUUGCGAACGUGUCCAUCGCGCAGGCCGCAGACUGGACGUACACCUUCUUUGAGGAGGAAAACGUUGAGGUCGCCCAGGGCCUCUCGAACAAGCCCGACUUCGCCAUUGGCGAGACUGGCUGGCCUACCAACUCCACGACGGCGGCGGCGGCGAGCAACGGACCCUCGACUGCCUCCGAGGAGAACUUGCAGACGUUCCUCAAUGACUUCGUGUGCGGCUCGAACAAAAACGGCACGGAGUACUUCUACUUCGAGUUCGCCGACGAGGACUGGCAGGCGAAACAGUUUGGUGGUGUGGAGGGCUAUUGGGGCCUCUUCCACGACAACCGGACCCUCAAGGGCAUCACUAUUCCCGACUGCUGAACGCACCCAACUCCCACAUCCUCCCGUCCCCCCGUCCCCUCAUAUAUCCGCACUGUAUC